AUGUCGGACACGCUAUCGGACGCGGAGAAGAUCCGCAAUAAGCGCCUGGCAAAGCUUUCAAACCCAACCCCUACAUCUCCAUCUGCAGACGGCUCCUCUGGAUCGCCUUCAAAUUCUGCAAACCCCUCCCCCACAGGGUCGCCCGCGUCGCCCAUUGCACCGCAGUCUUUUAGUCAACCUCAAAGUGCCUCAUCGUCUGCGCCACGAACCCCUCAGUACCCCGAGGGCAAAAGAAUUAAGAUAACUCCUGCCAGUGUCCCAGAGCGACCACGUUCAGCCGCUCCAUCGACUCCAGGAACCCCAGGAACCCCACCACCCGCAAAACCUGAAACAAUCGAAACUUUCGAAGACAGGACUUUGAGUGCAGUGUUCAAACUUACAUUGAAGGAGGAAGGACAACGAGAUCUCCAUGGCCAAAGAAUCUAUCUCCCCGGUCUGCGGAGUGAACUUGAGAGCGAGAGCAAAGAACUGCGCAUCAGCACGGCAGUCCUAGACCAAGCGCUCCUCGAGGCCGCCUCCAACGCCGGACAAGGAAGCCCAUUGGACUACUUGUUGCCAUGCUGGAAACGCAUCGCGAAAUUACACAAGGGAUUCCGACGGGCACGAGAUGAUGAUCCUAAAUUCCAGGUCCUCUGCGAAGCACGACGACUUUGCAUGAGUUAUUGCAUUUUCGGCAUUACCAUGCCCGAGAUGUUCGGGCUUGAAUCCCCACAGAGUUCCACAUUGGCUCCUUACCUCCUACUAGACCCUGAGGAUGAGAAGGGCGUGGAUUUCGAAUUCAUCAGCGAAGCAGUUAAGCGAUUUGAGGAUGACGACGGUGUGAAGCCAGCUUUCAUAGCAGCCGUUGAAGAACUCAGCGCGGGUCUUUCGACCAAGGAUAUUAAUGACGAUUAUAAGCCCUAUAGCACUGCACUGCGAAACCUUGUUCGCCAUGCUAGCAUUGCGGCUGCUAUCACAGAGUCCUCUAUCUUCAAUGACUCGAAGGACCCUGCGCAAUUCGAGAAGCUCACUCUUUUAGGGCCAUGGUUCCGGCUAUCUCCUUUGCAAGCCAAUGUCACAAUGUCAUAUUUCUCAAGUCCGAAGACCAGAGACCAAGCAUAUAUUUUGAAUGCCCAACGGUCACUUCGAAUGACGCAGCAGUUGGUCAGCUCCGACCUUCUCGAUGUUAUCAACCACAUGAUUCGUGCCUCGAAAGAAGCUCGGGAUCGUGUUCUUGACUGGUUCGCUACUGCUUUGAAUAUUAACCAUAAACGGCGUGCAAUGCAGGUUGAUCCCGAGCAUGUCGCGUCAGAUGGGUUCAUGUUCAACUUGACAACAUGUCUUGAUCAGCUCUGCGAGCCGUUCAUGGAUGCGUCUUUCACCAAGAUUGACCGUAUUGAUGCAGACUAUCUACACCGUGAUUCCCGGGUAGACAUGCGGGAUGAAACGAAGAUCAAUGCUGAUCAGCAUGCGUCGGAAGCGUUUUAUUCCAAGAAAGCCGAGGGUACUUCUAACUUCAUCACAGAGAUCUUCUUUUUGACUGUUGCCGCACACCACUAUGGAAGCGAAUCCUUGACAUCCAAGCUGGAGCAGCUUGAGAAAGAUCUGCGCCAUAUGGAAUCUACUAUUACAAAAUUCGAGCUUGAACGACACCGGUGGGCUGGAAACCCUAUGCAACUGCGAGUGUUCGAGCAAGCUUUGAAGAAGUAUAAGGACAAGCUUGAUCUAGGAUUGGCUUUAAAGUACAGUCUCCAAGGUGUGCUGUUCGAUGACCAGUGGCAAGCCCGCUCGAUGCUCUUCAUGCGCUACGUGACUGUUUGGCUAUUGAGACUCGUCUCUGGGAAGAACUUCCCCAAGGAAAAGAUCACACUGCCUCUUCCCGAGCAGCAACCUGAGGUAUUCUCGUGUCUACCUGAGUACUUCCUCGAUGAUAUCGUCAGUAAUUUCAAGUUCAUCAUGUGGUGUAUGCCCCAAAUUAUCACUGCUACUCAGGGUGACGAGCUGGUCAUGCUGUGCAUCGCAUUCCUGGAGAGCUCCGGCUACAUUAAGAACCCGUAUCUCAAGGCCGGACUUGUUUCGAUCUUGUUCCGAGGUACAUGGGAUCGCCCUGGUGGCGCUCGUGGUGUGCUGGUCGAUCUGCUGAACUCUAUGUCGUUUGCCAAUGAGUACCUUCUGCAUGCUGUAAUGAAGUUCUACAUUGAGGCAGAGCACACCGGCACACACACUCAGUUCUUUGACAAGUUCAAUAUUCGUUAUGAGAUCUUCCAGAUCAUCAAGUGUAUCUGGCCCAAUACACUGUACCGUGAGAAGUUGUCCAUCCAGGCCAGCCAGAACUUGGACUUCUUCGUCCAGUUCGUGAACCUGCUGCUUAACGAUGUCACUUACGUGCUGGAUGAGUCUUUUGGUGCUUUUAAGACCAUCAAUACUACCCAGCAAGAGUUGGCUCGAGAUGGAAACUCCAUGGACGCUGCUACACGGCAGCAAAAAGAAGAGCACCUUGCGUCCGCCCAGCGCAGUGCCAAGUCAUACAUGCAACUGACCAACGAGACUGUUGCUAUGUUGAAGCUCUUCACAGAAGCCUUGGCCGAUUCAUUUACCAUGCCAGAGAUUGUUCAGCGUCUGGCGGAUAUGUUGGACUACAACCUCGAUGCCAUGGUGGGACCCAAGAGCUUAGAUCUACGUGUUCAGAACCUGCAAGAAUAUGGUUUCAAUCCUCGUGCUCUCUUAAGUGAGAUCACUGACGUUUACCUUAACCUCAUGUCUAAGCAGAACUUCAUCACCGCAGUUGCUCGGGAUGGCCGAUCUUACAAGCCUGAGAACUUUAAAAAUGCUGCGGAUAUUCUUCGCAAAUGGUCAUUGAAGUCCCCUGAAGAGAUGCGUCGCUGGAACCAGCUUCAGAUAAAGGUCAAGGAAGCCAAGGCAGAAGACGAUCAAAUAGAAGAGGACCUGGGCGAGAUCCCUGAUGAAUUCUUAGGUAUGUUUAUCUUUAAGCCCCUGUGCUUAGGAUACAGCGCUAAUAUUUGGUCUUUAGAUCCUCUGAUGUACACUCUGAUGGAAGACCCGGUUAUUCUUCCCAACUCCCGCAUGUCAAUCGACCGUGCGACUAUUCGCUCUCACUUGCUGAGUGAUCCUCAUGAUCCAUUCAAUCGUGUUCCCCUUACAAUGGAAGAUGUGAUACCCGGUAAGUCUCGUUUACUCGUCAUCAUUGAGACAAAAGGCUAA